AGCAUUUAGUGUGCUUUUGCCUCCCUUUCCCUCUUCAUUAUAUCUAUUCUCUCUCUCCCUCAAAAGCUGUGCAUUUUUUCACUGCUCACUUUCAAAAUUCGUCUCCAAAACCUUUUCUUUUUCUUUUCUCUGUCGUUAAUCUCUCCGACGCACUUCUCAGAUCCGCUUUGUUCCAUCUGAAUCGAUUUAAUUCGACUUUCUUCAGGAACCGUAAUUGACUAAUUGGAGCAUGGGAUUCACUGUUGAAGUGAAAUUAGCAACAAACAUUAAUUGAGAAUUUCCUCUCACCAAAAUUGAUGGGUUUUCUGUAAAACUUGGGGGUUUUAGAUAGCAAGUACUCUGUUGCAUGUUUUUUUCAAUUACCAUCUGGGUUUUGAAUCAUAAUUCGGAGGGUGAAGAUGUUAGAGACUGAGCUAUAUCCUUCUCGUAUUCUUUCUCCCUUUCGAGAGGAAAGUGGUGAUGAAGAGCUAUCAGUGCUUCCUAGGCACACCAAAGUCAUUGUCACAGGAAAUAAUAGAACAAAGUCUGUUUUGGUUGGUUUACAAGGCGUGGUCAAGAAGGCUGUUGGCCUCGGAGGCUGGCAUUGGCUG